GUGCCGCAGUCGGCGCUGCCAGUUAUGGCGACUACUGCUGUUGCCCUUCAUCCCCAUUCUCGCGCUUAUCGUUCAGACUACGCUCUCCUUGAAGAACAGUCUCACUAAUGGCAGAGAAGUCGCCGAUGUUGAAGAACAGGUCAGCCGCGCGACUGAACUUGGAAAAUUAGUGACAAGACUCCAGCAAGAAAGAUCAGAAGUUGCUUUCUUUAUUUUUACCAAUGGCAGUACUUUACGAUCCAAUCUAACGCAGCGCUUCGCAGCAACAGACAGUGCGGUGCAGCAGAUGGGUGCACUGCCACCUCUCGUCUUCAAGAACCGCUCGAAACCGGUGGAUGGCAGUUUCUUCCUUGCAGAACUAGCUGACUUAAGAGCUAACAUCAACCCCGGUACAUCGAUGACGGAGGCAGUAGAGUGGUAUACGAACGCGAACGCCGCGCUACUCAACCAUCUCACCAAGGAGAUCAAAGACACUGACAGCAGUACUAUAUGGAGGUAUUUAGUAGGCUUUAAAAACUUGCUUCGAAGUAUAGAGUGCAAAGGGAUUGCUUCAGUGCUCGGUAUAAACUACUUCGCAAGAGGAUAUUUGCAACCCCGGUCACAUGAAAGGUAUAUAUCACAUAUGGUGUUGGGUCGUGAUCUUCUGGACAAUACGUUGAAUCUGGUGCCAUCUCUGAUACCUCUGCAUAAGGAUAUCAAAGAAGACAGUCCUGAGUAUCAAGUUCUGGAGAAGAAGAACCAGCAAAUAGUGGAUAAUAAAUACCAGGAGGGCAGCGUGAGCGAUGCUAUAGAGUACUUCGAUCAGACGGCCACUUUACUCGAUAAGCUGCGAGCGGUGCAGAAACAGUUGCGCCAAUAUAUCAGGGAAGGUGUUAACGAAAGUCUUACAGAAGCAAGAAGGAGUGAGGCAGUGUGUGCUGGUAUACUAGUUCUUGUUUGUGUGGUUUCACCGAUUAUAAUUGCUCUAGUGAGAAAUGCAGUUAAUACAAUUCAAGUCUAUGCCAGAAAUCUUUCUGAAAAAGCUCGAGAGCUGGAGUACGAGAAGGAGCUGAGCGAUUCGUUACUAUAUCAAAUGCUGCCGCCCAGUGUUGCUAAACAAUUGAAGCAGACUCAACAGGUACCUGCAGAAUUCUUCGCAUCUGUGACAGUUUACUUCAGUGACAUCGUUGGCUUCACCGCAAUAGCAGCUGUUUCUACUCCAUAUCAGGUGAUCAGUUUUCUCAACUCUGUGUACAAGCUGUUUGACGAACGCAUCGAAUGUUAUGACGUCUACAAAAUUGAAACGAUCGGUGACUCAUACAUGGUUGCAUCAGGGUUGCCUGUCAGAAAUGGAAAUAAACAUGCAACAGAAAUCGCUAGCAUGGCUUUGGAAUUGCUAGAGGCGACAUCUACCUGUCGUUUACCGCACCGGCCCGAUCAGACUCUUUGCAUGAGAAGUGGUAUCCACACGGGGCCUUGUGUGGCCGGUAUAGUGGGCAGUAAGAUGCCAAGAUAUUGUUUAUUUGGGGACACGAUUAACACGGCCAGCAGGAUGGAAAGCACUGGAGAACCCAUGAAAAUUCAGAUCUCAGAAGACGUGAAAAGAGCAUUGGAUAAAUCUGGAAAAUUUAUUACGGCGCCUAGAGGACUUGUCGAUGUUAAGGGCAAAGGGGAGAUGAUGACAUACUGGUUAGAAGGAAGAACGGACCCGUCUCCGAUCAGACCGACCACAUCGUCUCUGGACUGCACGCCCAGCUUCCUCGCCAGGAUCCACUCCAAGGGCAGGUCGUCGCCGAGAUACCAAUCGGAAUCGAAAAGAGAACAACAUUGAUUCUUGAAAUUAACAAAUUUACUGAGAGAGAUUAGUUUAUUAUCUUACACAUAGUUAAUUUACACUUGUUUGUCUGUCGCGUUGAAGUUCUUGUUGUCAGGAGAGAUUUCAUAUAAAAGUGCAGAUGCUUUACUUACCUUUCAUCGACGGAGAAGAGGACGCACAGAAAGAAGAUAUUUCACCAUUCAUAUGCAUCCCUUUCCGUCAAAUCCACUUCCCAUCCUUUCCUUAUAAGGAA